AAUUACGAGAACAUGCAAAAUGUGGUCAAUUUUCCCAUGGUCACGAAAGAGUUAAUAGGGUGAAACUUUUUUCUAGGUUUUAGGGGUUUAGCACCUUUGCUUAACGCAGAAGGAAGGAAUGUCACAAACAUUUUGCAGGUUGACGUUUGGUCAUAGUACUCGAUAAUGUUUCGUGUAUGCCGCUCCGGUACAGCGACCGGUGAACACAGAUUUAAGUAUGGAACACUGAUUACAAUGUGCCCGCAUCUGCAGGGAGGCUCUACUGAUCCGUUCGCCCCCGAGUGCAAGAUCCCAUUACCGGUUCCGUACUCGCCGUACGACUACUGGCUCGAGCCCACCUUCAUACGGCGCCGGAAUGAGCGGGAACGCCAGCGGGUGAGAACUGUGAACGACGGCUUUGAACGACUGCGUAGUCGACUGCCCCUACCGCCACGAGACAAGGAUCGUCGGAUGAGCAAAGUCGAGACUCUGCGCUACGCCAUCAGCUACAUCAGGCACCUGCAAAGGCUGCUGGGACUGAUUGAUGAUGACGACGACGACGAAGAUGGCGAGAACAGCCGAUGCCAGCGAUAGCAACG